CUCCAUCUCUUCAAUCCCAUGCAAAGACCUCCCAACUUGCAGCUUUUCCCUUCCACUACCUACCCCUCUCAUCUACAAGCAGUUCAAGUCAGACAUUUCCCACUCCGUGUGGCUUAUAGAGUGAUCACAAAGCAAAACAGUGUCACUUCUAGACCCUGGGUGGCUCGGGUAGUGCUUAAAGAGCACCCAACAGUAUCAGCUAGCAUCCUUCGAGGAUGUAUGUUUCAGGAGCAAAAAGAGCUGUCGGCUCAGGAACAGUUCAGCGAGCCACUUUUUGCCUCUGGACACCCCCCCUUCCAAGUGUGCACUGUUUCUAGACGGCCGGCCGCCAGAGUGGUGAGAUGCAACGCAGGAGAGGUGUGCCUCUCUUAACAGCUGUGUGGGGAAGAGGCAAUUUCAUCCUCCCUCGCUGGGCAAGGGCGGCCAGGAGGGGAAAGGCAGGACUGGGUGUUCCUGUUCCAGCCGCCCCUUAAUAGUUGCGCAGAGAUGGAGAUAUCCACAGAGGCAGCUUGUCAUGCAAGCGGCACCUGCUGGAACAAACCCCCUCUUCUGCACAACUGUAGGAUGCAUGAGGAGCCCAGGCAUCUUCUUCGUCUUGCAUCUUCUUGCUUUCCUUAGGGCAGGAUGAGCUGCCAGCGACUCCCGGGCAAAGCGCAGGCUCCCUGCGGCCACCUCUCCUCCCGCGACCCUGACAGAGAGCCAAACUCCAAGCCUCCCUCUGAGGGCUGCUGCUGGGGGGCAGCUUCCCACAGCCCACCGGACCCACCUCCUGGGCAGCGCGCAGCCUUUUCCCCGACCGCACCGGAGCGCCGCUCCCGACAUGCUGCCUCCCCGACCGACCCUCGGCGAAGUGGGCUUCGCCGGCGCCACUCCUCCUGCGCUCACAACUUCGGCAGGCAGGCAGAGCGCGGCGCCAGCGGGGAAGGAGCACGACGAGGUCUCCUCCUGCUCCGCCCGGGCGGAGGGAGCCCCCCGGACGCCGCCUCACCUCCGCCGCACUUGCCAGCCGCAGGUGGACCCGACUCCCGCCGUCACCGCGGCCGCCGCCUCCAUGUUUGUUGUGUCUCCCGGAGCCCAGGCGUAACCCGCGUCCUUCCCCCUUUCGAAAUCCCGCGAGAGCUCCGCCAGCUCCGCCAACAGGCGCGGCCGGCGCGCGCCGUUCUCAAAGGGAGGCGUGGGAAGCAGCGCGCUCUCGCUCUCCAAAGCGGGUGGUUUGCUUGUUUUUAUUUUCCUCUUGAGUUCUGUAGAACUUCCGGUAUCCAGUCGCAUACCGUCGGGCUCCCGCCUUUAAUGUGCGGGGGCGAGAACGAAGGGGAUGCGCAAACGCCUGUAAAAAUCAAAGCGACGCUGCUCCUUAUCGGGGGCGGGGAGUUGGGGAACGAGAGUCGUUGCGCUUCUAAACACUCCCGCCCCUCAGGAGGAAGAGGAGGAGGGUUCCAUUGGGAACCAGAAGUGCAUUGCGCGGCAGGCUUUCCGUAAAGGUGGGCAGAAGGUCCCUCUUUGGGUUCCUCCAGCAAGUUCGGUGUCCGCUCGGCCUUCGGGGGGAGAAGCUGCGGCGGCAGAAGGGAUGGCGGCGGCAGGGGCUCUGUCUUCGCUCAGGCGCUGCGGGAAGGUAAAUGUCGCCGUUGUUUUCCAGGGGCUCAACUCGGGGCGGCGGGGGGGCUGUUUUCAGAUCCAGGACGCAGGUGGCAGGUGGAGGCUGCAGGUGGGCGGGUGGAUCGGCUGCUUUGCAAGCAGAUGGUCGCAGGUUAGAAUCCGGGCAUCUCGAGUCAAAAAGCGUCGGGAAGCCAGUGCGAGAAGAGGAACGUAGUCCAGAUGUGCAAGGUAGUCUGGCCCCUGGUAAGAGAGAGAGUCCUUUGUAAACCUCACCUGUACAGGUGAGCUGUGUCCAAGCACAGAUCCAGCCACGGAGAAAGCUUCCGUUGUUGAAUUUCAGGAGGAUGCACGGGAAAAGGUGGUUAAACUCUACUUGGACUAGAGGGCGUGGGGGCAUACGGUCUCCAUGCGUUUUGGGAUUUAGGAGGCACAGUUGCCAGAUCGGAGAACGGGAUUUCCAGAUGCUGCUGAGUUCUGGCACCUCUCACUCUCUCUCUAGAAAUGGAUAAAGGGUGUGUUUGUGCGCAGGGGAGCCAUGAGGUGAUCUCUCCUUCAUCCCACACCCCUUUUCACUCUGUGGAGUAGGCUAAAUUUGCAUACCCUUUGUCAAGAUGUGCCAGUAAUAAUAAUAAGCGUAACGCAACAGUUCUAAACAUCAAGGUUUCAGCUCCACUGAACACUGACUUCUGAAUGAAAAUGCAUAUAACUCUGCUGCAAAGCUGGGUGUAAGCAUUUCAGUGAUCAUCAGGGCAGCACUAUGAGAUAGAAGUGUAGAAUAAGCAGGAUGCCCCCUAGUAGGUGCAUCAGGCCUGGCUUACCACCUUCUGAGGAAAAUUAAUACACAUUGCCAACUAAAGAGGGAACUACUAUAAAGCUACUAAGUUCAACACUACUAGCUGUUCAAGAUUGACUUAGGAAAUAAAACUUCAUUCAUGUUGGUCCUUUAUUGUAGGAAUGAACAAGAGAACUUGGUAACCCAUAUUUCAGUAUUUUUGAAAAGAUUGCUGUAGAAUACUUCAGUAUACUUAUUUUAUGUGUGCCAACCCCUUUCAAGGGCCUAACCCUAGAGUGUGAACUUUCUACAUAAUUCAGGAGUUAUUUGCAAAUGUUCCUGUAUAUUGCCCAUUGUAAAUUUUUAUAGUGGAAGAGAGCAUAACAGGGAGUUGCCUCUUUUUAUAAAGUGAGAGCAAUCUUGGUCUACUUGCCUGUCAGCAAGAAUUUGUUUAAUGUGAAGGUGGGUUGACUUGCAACUUAAAACCCAAUCCUGUGUACUUAGCCCAUAUCUAAGCCCACCGAAACAGGUUUGCAUGUAUAAGCAAGCCACAGUUAAAUAAACCAUUUGCAUUGAAUCUAAAUGUAUCCAAUGUGUUUAAAUCUGCAUAGGACCUAACAACAUAAAUCAGGCCACUAGGCUCCAGUACUAAGCCCUUUUAUAUUAUAGUUAUUGUAGUUUUAUAUAGCACCAUCACUUUACAGAGCAGCUAAACAAAAAUCUAUGUAGAUUCUUUAUAAUCUAGUUUUUUCAAAAAGGCUGAAGUUACCUUAACAAAAUGGAAAUUACUUUUCAGUCUGUUCUGCCUGAAAUUAAGUUUGGUCUGUUUCAAUGUUAAAUUUAAGCACGUAUGCUGUUAGAUAUAAGCAAGUCAAAGGAUUGUUGCACGAUAAUCCUAAACAGAUUUCUGUUGAAAGGUGUCUCUCCUAAGUGUUCUUAACAUUGGGGAGGGAGCAGUCUUACUUGUGUUCUCAACAACAAAGCCAGAGAAAUAAGAUUGCUUAAAACAAAGAAUAAAAAUCAGAAUUUACAGUCUUGGACUAUGCAAAUGUUGUUUCAUCAUAUAAGAUCUUGAAGUUGUUCAUGUGCAUGCUCAUCAGUUGAUUACUAAAGUAAAUCAAAUGAUAACCUGUAUGUGUGACUCAAAAGAUCUAACAUGAUCGACAGAGACAACUUCCACAACACCUGUAGCAACCCCCACAUAAGUCAAGGGCAUACUGUAUUGCAGGGGUAGCCAACAUGGUGCAGUCCAGAUACUUUAUUGCACAUUCCCAUCCCCCCUGAUUGUGGCUUUGCUAGUUGGGGCUGAUGGGAAUAGGAACCCACAACUUCCGGAGGGCACUAUUCCUGAUAUAGGGCUGACUUUCAUCCUGUUUAUAUUCUGAAGUGUCUUGUAGGACACUUUUGUUCACUUGGGAGCAGUUUCUUUCUCCAGUAAUCCAAAUUAUAAUAUCCAUCCUUGUUCACAACCCAAGUCUAGUGAUGAUGUCCUCAUUAGUCACUUUGGUCUGAGUCUGCCCUUGCUCCCUGAGAUUUCAUGGAGAUAUCUUAUUUGUAGUUUCAGGCUAAGAUUAUUUUCUCUAAUGGUAUUGUUCUCUCCUUCUUAAAAUAUGUUUUAUCCGCAGCUGAGAUGGAAUAUGCUUCCAUGCAUAAACUUUUGCAUGAGGCAACCCAGUUUCUUUAAAUCUUCCAAAUCUGAGGCUUUACCAAACCUAACCAGUGAGGGAGUAACUUGUGCUCCACUUCAAACAUUUACAGAAGAGGAGAUCAUGAUCAAAGAAAUGGGUAAUGUAUUUGAAUUCUAUCUCUAUGGGCGAAGUCUGCCAUCACUAAAUCAAUUAUUUUCUACAUGGCAUGUGAUUUAUAAUAAUGCACUGAAGAGAACGAAUCACUUCUGUAAGCAAGAAAUUCACCCCCAACCAUAAAUUGUUAGCUCAUUUUCAAAAAUUGAUGUUUUGAAGAAUUAAAUGUCAGUUUAAGUCUAUGUACACAAUUCUCUGUUACAGAGUGGAUAAAUGCUGUUACCUUUCCCCCACUCCACUAUGGUAAACUUAAAUCAAAAGACCUAAAUCUAACUGUAGCCACUAGUGCUAUCUAACUUACAUUUGUGAAUUUUAUAUCUGUUAAAUUUCUGGCUUCACUGCAACUUAAGGCUAACAAUGAGAUUCUUUAUAUCUUUUCUUCCUUAUAGUGAAAAAGUUUGCUCAUGAGCGAGUGCUACCAUUGGUACAGAAAAUGGAUGCUGAUGCAAAAAUGGACGAUUCUAUUGUACAAGGGCUAUUUGAACAAGGGGUUUGUACAUAUUUUGGUGUUUUUAAUGCAGUAUGUAGCUUCUUCCCUUUGCACACUGAGUACUAUACGUAUACAUUUGUAACACAAUAAGCAAAAGGAUGAAUGAUAUAAUUGAAAAAUGGUCACAGGGCUGACUGCUAGCUUUCAUUCCGUUUUUCUGUAAAUAUUUGUAGCUUUUCUUCUUCUUCUUAGCAGAUAGAAAGUUUAUGCAGUAGUUUCACUGGAGGUAGAUUUCAGGGGAAAACAUUUGGUGACUAAGGUUACAUCCUGACCCCACUUACAUGGGAGCAAGCCCAAAUCAAUUCAAAAGGAGUUGCUUCUGAGUGGACAUGGCUAGGAUUGCACUUUGGGGUAUUUUGAUUACUCUUUAGUUAAAUAAGAGGCACAAGUAACUAUAAUGUUUUAGUAUUAUGCCACUCUGAUUCUAAAAUUUGCUGAUUCAGGAGUACAACAGCACAAACAAAUCUGUAGGAUCACAGUAUUGGAUCUCAAACUUGAGCAUGCUGAUAGCCAAAUCUUGUGAACAUAUCCUUAGAGUUCAGUGGGAGGCUGUGAUUAUAGGAAGGUACACAUGAAAAUUCCUUUCGGAAUCAAUGAAUGGUAUUCAGCUAAAUUUUACUCAGAGUAGACCCAUUGAAACUAAGUGAAAUGAGUCAUGUUCGUUAAAUUCAUUGGGCCUUCUCUGGGUGAAACUUAGCAGAAUACCACCCCAACAGCUCUUUUUUCUAGCAAAGAUUAUGGAAGUUGAGUAGAAGUCAGAAUUCUAACAACAGCUUGUUCUUUCUUUUUCAGUUGAUGGGUAUUGAUCUUGAUCCCAAAUAUGGAGGAACUGGAUUUUCCUUUUUUUCCACUAUUCUGGUGGUUGAGGAGUUGGCCAAGGUUGAUCCAUCAGUAUCGCUUAUGUGUGAACUCCAGAAUACCUUAACCAAUAAAUUGUUUACGACGUAUGGCACAGAAGAACAAAAGCAAACCUAUUUGCCUAGACUGGCGAAAGACAUGGUAGGUGAAGUAUAUUGGCACGUAAGUUAAAUAUGCAUAUUAGAAUUUCCACCUUAAGGAACGAACUGCAGAAACCUAUGUACCAUAGAUUUAUUUAGGAGUAAGUGCCACCAAUUUAUUGAAGCUUACUCUCAAGUAAGCUUGCAUAGGACUGCAGCCUAAGAGCUCCAUCCACAGCCUAGCCCUAGUUAUACUAAACCAGUUGAGUUUAGGCAUAAUCGUGUCUCAUUGACUCCUGUGAGUCUUCGGUUGGGUAAAAGAGAUUUUUACAGCCAAAUCAUUCAAAGAUUUUGGAGUUAAACUGUUGAUUUUCAUCACCCUUAAAGAGGCCACUAAACUGGCCUGUGGCAGAGCUUUUUGUAUAUUUCUCACUGCCAAUGCACAGCAUAACAGUGUCCCUGUUAUUGCAGCAGCUGUUCCCCCUUUCCUCCAUAGCACUGCUAUGUUCAGGAUGAAUGAGAUUGUGGAAUUCUAGGAAACCAUUUGCUCUGAUUGAAACAAUAAGUAGUAACAGCCCUUCUUUGUUUUCCAACCAGUGCCAUCCAAGAAAGUGUUGGGUGUUUUUUCAGUUGGAGUGGUGCGAAAAUGUUUGAGAGACUAUAUUGUGUAAAUACUUGGAUUUACUUGUCUUGUGGAUUAAAUAUGCCACUGGUUGAAAAAAAAAUCCUUUCUUACUUGAUUACCUUGCUGUACCUAUGUUCUCAAAAUGUUCGCAGUGAAUAUAUCUAGUGACUUUACUUUAUUUUAAAAUGAUAGAUGGGCAGCUUCUGCCUUUCAGAGCCUGGUUCUGGCAGUGAUGCGUUUUCCUUGAAGACUCGUGCUGAAAAGAAGGGGGACUACUAUAUCAUCAGUGGGUCAAAGAUGUGGAUUAGCUUUGCUGAGCAUGCAGGAGUGUUUUUGGUGAUGGCAAAUGCCAACCCUUCCGCAGUAAGUAGCUAAAACAGUUAUUGCUUGAUUUUACUAAGGCAUUGCAUCAAGAUUAAUUACAAGGUAUAAACUAGACUUGUACCUUGCUUAUACUGGCAGUCUUCCUUUUUCUUCCUGUAUCCUCAACUUAUGGAAUUUCUUCUGUUGCUUUGGAAAUUUGCUAAAAACAGCAGAAGAGCAGAGUUAGGAACCUUGAUCUCUCUUUCUCUCCCUUUGCCCCCCAAUCCCUCCUGCCUGCCCUGGUGUUUUUCUUAUCCUAUUUGCAUCUGAGAAGCCCUGUCUGGAGUAUCCAUACUAGUGAGUAAAAAGGUAAAGGUGCAGGUGGCCCUGUGGUCUAAACCACAGCCUCUUGGGCUUGCCGAUUAGAAGGUCAGUGGUUCGAAUCCCCACAACAGGGUGAGCUUCCGUUGCCCUGCCAACCUAGCAGUUCGAAAGCGCACCAGUGAAAGUAGAUAAAUAGGUACGGGAAGGUAAAUGGUGUUUCUGUGUGCUCUGGUUUCCGUCACGGUGUUCCGUUGCGCCAGAAUCAGUUUAGUCAUGCUGGCCACAUGACCCGGAAAGCUGUCUGUGGACAAACGCCGGCUCUCUCGGCCAAUAAAGCGAGAUGAGCGCCGCAACCCCAUAGUCGCCUUUGCCUGUACUUAACUGUCCAGGGGUCCUUUACCUUUUUACCUUUUACUAGUGAGUGACAAAGGACAAAUCACAUGUUACAGUGGACCCUUGGGUUACGUUACCUUUGGGUAACGUAACUUUCGGGUUGCGAGCGUGGCAAACCAGGAAGCGCAGAAGCGGCUCCUCUACUUGCGGAUUUUUCGGGGUACGGACGGACCCCUGGAACGAAUUGCAUUCGUAUCCAGAGGGUCCACUAUAUGCUUAAUACAUAGCAUGCAGUUACGUGUCCUGAGUUUUAAAAAUAAUUACAGCUUGAGUGCCAAGAAGAUUAGUGCUCAAGCUCUUGGUAUCUUGCAUGGUUGCUACUUUAUAUGUGCGCCUGCUUAGGGGUUGCUGUGACAGAAUUUUCCAUUAAUUGUUAGUAACUUACUUUUUGAAACAUUCAUCCUCUAGGAAUUUCCAGGAUGAUAUUUUUUAUUCAUUUUUGUAUAUUAUUAGCUACCUUGAUUUUCAUUUUUGGGGGUUUGGGGAGAGGAACAGCAGCAUACACACAUGAACUAAAAUAAAAAUCUGUUAGUUGAGAGCAACAUGGAAUUCAGAGGCAUUAGAAUGGGUGGCAUUGUUGCAUUGCAGAAAUGGCGCUUGAGGGCAUUUCCAGGUGCAGGCUCUUUCAGCUGGUGGGCACACUGGAUUCCACAAAACGCAGAGGAACAAAUGGCAGACCAGGGAUAAGAUGGGAUGGUAAAGGAUGCAGUCAGACAAAGAAAGGUGGUUACACAGUUGUUGUACAGUUUUGCACUGUUCAUUAUUAGGCACUGUAUUGCACAACCAGCAAUCCAGAAGAUUUAUUUAUAUACAGUGGUACCUUGGUACUAGAACAGUUUGGCUUCCGAACAAAUCAGCUCCCGAACACCGCAAACCCAGAAGUAAGCGUUCUGGUUUGCGACCGUUUUUCGGAUGCUGAACGUCUGACGCGGCUCCUGCUUGAGUGCAGGAAGUUCCUGCAGCCAAUCAGAAACUGCCUUGUUUUUUGAACGGUUUUGAGAGUCGAACAGACUCCUGGAACGGAUUACGUUUGACAACCAAGGUACCACUGCAGUCAAUUUCACAGUUAAAAGUGUUUACAAUAAAAGCAAAUCCAUGUAUAAAACUCAAUCUGUAAAUAGAAAUUAUUUCAGAUCUAAUACAGACACAGAUUGGGAUAAAGAUCUUCACUUAAAUGGCAUAUUGAAAAGGAAAGACUGGGCAGCCUUGGUUGGAAUCCAACCCCAAGCUAGGAGGGUGAAUUCUGGUUUCUUGCAGCUUCUCAUUUUUCCAGUAUUAAGUUGGAUUCUCCACAGUUCUACAUAAGUUUCCUAAUCCUUUUUAAAAGGUACUCACAAACAUGCGCUAGUAUUUUAUUUCAUUACACCUUUUUUUGUAUGGAACACCGCCUAAUAUAAUGAGUUUUGUGUUCUAUUUUUUUUACUGAUAUAUGCAUUUUCAUGCAAUCUUAACCUUACAUUACUUGGUUGGAAAACUGCCCUGCAAAAAUCAGAGCAGUGCAGAUUUCAAAGGAUUGCUGCAUUUUCAGAAUGUGUGAAUUAGGUAUAUCUGCUUUUAAUGUGAACUGAAUUGAAUUUCUACCCCAUCCUUAUUAUCCGCACAGUUAAUUUUCCGUAUGUCUUUCCUUCCUAGGGCUAUAAAGGAAUUACCUGUUUCAUAGUAGACCGUAAUACAGAGGGCCUACAUGUAGGAAAGAAGGAGGAUAAACUGGGAAUCAGAGCCACAUCUACAUGUCCUGUAACAUUUGAAAAUGUGAAGGUGCAGUAGUCAUUUCAAAGCUGUGGAAUUUGGCUCAGUACAAGCAGCUCAGUGGGAUGCAGUUGCAUAAAUUAGCAUGAGUUUGGAAGAUGAAUGGUGCAAUACUCACAGGAGGUUGGCUUAAAAAAAAACAUUUAGAAAUAUAGCAAAUUUAGAUUUGAAUCACAGACGAACGCAAUCUGUUGAUUUAUGAUUGACCCAAAUUUACAAAAUUUUUGUCAACCAAAAGCCAUACAGUAGUUUGCUUUUUUAUGUUCCUCAUAACUGAAUGUAAAAUACACGUUUGGCUCUGCAGUUGUAUGGAAGCAGCGUAGUGAGGUUGAUGGUUUCAAAGUCGUAUUGUGGUUUGUUGCUUUGUCUGUGUGCAUUUUUGUAAACCUCCUUGGGAAGCAUUUAUGUUCAAAAGGUCUAUAUUUUUUAAAUAAAUAAAUGUGGAGAUGGAAGUAAAGGGCUACUAGCAAUUAAUUGAUUUUGCUUAAUUCCUCAGGUUCCUGUGACCAACGUGCUUGGGCAGGUUGGGCAGGGCUAUAAGUAUGCCAUUGGAAUGCUCAAUACGGGAAGAAUAGGAAUAGCUGCACAGGUAAGUAUGGCUAUAAUUACUUAGGUCCAGUGCAGACGUAACGCAGAGUGUAUACAGUUUUGACUGCCCCCCACCAGUCCUGAUCUCAAAAAGGAUGUUGCAGAAUUGUAACAAAAGUCCUUUCAAGUGUCAUCAAGUUACAAUUACCUGAAUCAGGAGAGCCACCACUGUCCGGACACUGUGGCUGAAGGUGUGUAUACUUAAAACCUAUUACUCCCUCCCCCAUUAUAUGAUUUGCAGCAGGGCUGGGCCCUUCAGAACGUGGCAGAGAACGUGGGGUCACACGCUUCCCCUUCACCCAGCUGUAAUCAUGUGAGGGUUUGAAAGACUGAAUAUGGCUAAAGAGUCUUCCACAACUGUUGUUAAAGAGAUUAGGAGCUGGCUGCUGGAUUGCAUAAUUCCCUACCUACACGCUCCCAGUCUUUCCUUUCUCUUGGAGAAAUACAGUGGUACCUCAGGUUACAGACACUUCAGGUUACAGACUCUGCUAACCCAGAAAUAGUACCUCGGGUUAAGAACUUUGCUUCAGGAUGAGAACAGAAAUCACGCAGCGGCAGCAGCGGGAGGCCUCAUUAGCUAAAGUGGUGCUUCAGGUUAAGAACAGUUUCAGGCUAAGAACGGACCUCCAGAACGAAUUGAGUACGUAACCCGAGGUACCACUGUAAAGUGCACCACAUCACGGCUUAACAUUCUUUAAGCACAUAGGCUCGGACCCAACAAUUAUUGGGCAUGCCCAAUGGGAUGCCUUUUUUUUCUUUGAACAAGAGGUUUCCAUGUGAUAUCGCAAGCUGCUUUUGAAUAGCCCCUUGAGUUUCAGAAAUGCUUUGUAAUGAGGGCUGCUCUUCUAUGUGUCCUUGGGCACAUGGAAGUAGUUGUAUAGUUCUUUGAAUUUUAGCCACAGUGACUAGGUUUCAGGCUCCUUCUUUAGAAGCCUCCCUUUGCCACUCACACCAAGAGUAUCUUAACGGAAUACUAUGUUCCAACAUCUUGAAGUAAAGAGAGAUGUCAUGAGCAAAAACCCAGGUUCCCUUCCUCUCCCCGCCCCCAUUAAAAACCUGGUUUUAAUUUAGAAUUUAAUCAGCAUAUUAUGAAAAAAAAGCCCACCCUGAGCUAUUAAGUUUAGGAGAACAGUAUUAAUAAGUAAGUAACCUUAUCAAGGCAUUACACAUUAAUGUUGUUAGAUUAUCACUUUCCAUAUUAAGCAGUGAAAUGGACUGCUGGCGACUGACUAGGUAUUAUUAUGCUGUGUGAUGGGGCAUUGAAAAUUAAAUGAAUAAAAUGUAAGUGAUGGUGAGAUGCUCUUAGAAAUACCCGACUUCUAGCUUCUUUCACUGCCUUUUGAAUUCUGCAUAUAACUAAGUUUGCUGGGGGGUUUUUAGUCUUUCUGGAAUACAAAAUCUCUCCAAUCACUCCUGGCAAUUGUCACAAAGCUUGUCUUGCCCUUUUAAAGAGGACUGUGACACUUUUCUAACCACAUUAGUAACAUUUGUUUUUUGUUGUUGUUCAUUCACAGAUGUUGGGAUUAGCACAAGGAUGUUUUGACCACACCGUCCCAUAUACAAAGGAAAGGUCCCAAUUUGGAAAAAGCACAUUUGAUUUUCAGGUAGCGAUGAGUGCAUUCUGUAAAAUGGGUCUAAAAACAAAAAGAAAAAAAGAAAUGCUUAUCACAGCUGCUAUUUUGUAGGCCACAGUAUUAUAACUUCUUAACUGCUGCCACAUUUUUUUUUUAAGGAUUACCUGUGAGUAAAUAUGAAGAAAACAUUUUAAGUAGUAAUACCUUUCUGACUAUCUGUGUGGCAGAACUUUCUAUAACUUGUUUUUUUUUUUUUUUCAUUUUCUUUUUUUUUUAUUAAUUUUUUUUUAUUGAUUUUACAGAGAAGUUUUAGACAAUACAAACAAAUAAAAAGACAUACAAACAUGUAUAGUUUCAUAACCUUUUUUUCAUAUCCCUCUCUUCUCGGACUCCCCCAAACCUCCCCUUCCUACAUCCCAAUUUCCAAAAUUAUUUCAGCAAAUUCUAAAUAAUUUUAUCAAAUAUAUUUUUUCUUAUUCUUUUCUUCAACUUAAUCUUAUGUCGCUGUAAUCUCCUUUUCUUUCUCCAAACCUCGACAUUUUAGCAUUCCUCAAUUUUAUAAUAGUUCUUAAGAUAAAUUUUAAAUUUCUUCCAAUCUUCUUUCGCCGUCUCUUUCCCCUGCUCACGGAUUCUGCCAGUCAUCUCAGCCAAUGUCAUAUAGUCUAUCACCUUCAUCUGCCACUCUUCCAGGGUGGGUAGUUCUUCUGUCUUCCAAUACUUUGCAAUGAGUAUUCUUGCUGCUGUCGUAGCAUACAUAAAAAAAGUUCUAUCUUUCUUUAACACCAAUUGGCCGGCAAUGCCCAAGAGAAAGGCUUCUGGUUUCUUCGGGAAAGUACAUUUAAGUACCUUUUUCAGUUCAUUAUAUAUCAUUUCCCAGAAAGCCUUAAUCUUCGGGCACGUCCACCAAAGGUGAUAGAAAGUACCUUCAGUUUCUUUACACUUCCAACACUUAUUAUCAGGCAAAUGAUAAAUUUUUGCUAGCUUGACUGGGGUCAUGUACCACCUAUAGAUCAUUUUCAUAAUAUUUUCCUUUAAGGCAUUACAUGCCGUAAAUUUUAUACCUGUGUUCCACAACCAUUCCCAGUCAGCAAACAUAAUGUUAUGACCAAUGUCCUGUGCCCACUUAAUCAUAGCUGAUUUAACUAUUUCAUCUUGUGUAUUCCAUUUCAGCAGCAGAUUAUACAUUCUUGACAAGUUCUUAGUAUUGGGUUCUAACAGUUCAGUUUCUAAUUUUGAUUUCUCCGCCUGGAAGCCAAUUUUCCUGUCUUGUUUAUACACCUCCAUUAUUUGAUAAUAAUGGAGCCAAUCUCGAACUUUGGGUUUCAAUUUCUCAUAACUCUGUAACUUCAACUUAUCUCCAUCUUGUUCCAAAAUUUCCCGAUACUUUAGCCAUUCGGCUUCCAUAUUAAGCUUUUUCAACGCCGUAGCUUCCAAAGGUGACAACCAUCUAGGGGUUUUACUUUCCAACAAAUCUUUAUAUCUUAUCCAAACGUUAUAUAAUGCUUUUCUGACAAUAUGAUUUUUGAAGGCCCUAUGCACCUUAAUUUUAUCAUACCAUAAGUAUGCAUGCCAACCAAAUGUAUUGUUAAAACCUUCUAAAUCCAAGAUAUCUGUAUUCUCGAGGAGCAUCCAUUCUUUCAGCCAGCAAAAUGCUGCUGCUUCAUAAUACAGUUUUAAGUCCGGCAGGGCAAACCCCCCUCUUUCUUUUGCAUCCAUCAGUAUCUUAAAUUUUAUUCUGGGCUUUUGCCCUGCCAGACAAAUUUCGAAAUAUCCUUCUGCCACCUCUUGAAACAGUCUAUCUUGUCAAGAAUUUGUAAUGUUUGAAACAAAAAUAGCAUUCUAGGCAAUACAUUCAUCUUAAUAACUGCAAUUCGGCCUAACAUUGACAAUUUCAAAUUUGACCAUAUUUCUAGAUCUUUUUAAUUUCCGACCAACAUUUUUCAUAAUUGUCUUUAUACAGGUUCAAAUUCUUAGAUGUCAAAUAAACCCCUAGGUAUUUCACCUUCUUUACCACUGUCAAACCUGUUUCAUUCUGAAACUUCUCCCUCUCCAUGGCUGUUAAAUUUUUUUCCAAAACUUUAGUCUUUUGUUUAUUCAAUUUAAAUCCGGCCACCUGACCAAAUUCUUGAAUUAGCUCCAACACCCUUUUUGUACUAGUGUCUGGCUCUUGUAAAGUAAGUACUAAAUCAUCUGCAAAGGCCCUUAACUUGUAAUGUUUGGCUCCGACCUGUACACCUUUAACCUGCUGGUCAUCUCUAAUCAUAUUUAGCAACACCUCCAGAACAGAAAUAAAAAGUAAUGGGGAAAUUGAGCACCCCUGUCGUGUCCCUUUUUCUAUUUUAAAUUCUUCAGUUAUCACAUUAUUUACAAUAAACUUAGCCUUUUGUUCAGCGUAUAUGGCACCCAUACCAUUCUCGAAUCCUUGGCCUACCCCCAUCCCAUGAAGAUUCUUUUUCAUAAAACUCCAAGAAAUAUUGUCAAAGGCUUUCUCCGCGUCCACAAAGAUCAGAACUGCUUUAGUGUUUAUGUUCACCUCUAAUAAUUCCAAAAUGUCUAUUAUGUUCCUCACGUUGUCUGAUAAAUGCCUUUUUGGGAGAAAGCCUGCUUGGUCCUUAUGAAUCUUCUCCAUCAACACUCUUUUCAGUCUUUUUGCCAGAAUGUCUGCAAAAAUUUUAUAAUCCACAUUAAGUAAUGAUAUUGGGCGGUAGUUCUUAAGUUGAGUCUUUUCAGUCUCUGUCUUUGGUAUGAGUGUAAUAUACGCUUCUUUCCACGAUUCUGGUGCCCUUUUCCCCUCUAAGAUCUCAUUACAGACUUCCUUUAAUGGUUGUACCAACCACUCCUUCAAAGCUUUAUAGUAUCUGGAAGUCAGUCCAUCUGGUCCUGGAGAUUUGCCCAGUUGCAUGUUUUGAAUGGCACCCUCUAUCUCUUGAUCUGUUAUUCUCUGGUUUAGAUCCACCUUACUUUGGUGAGAGAUUUUUUGUAGACCAUACUUUUAAGAAAUUCAUCUAUAUCCUCCUCCUUCUGUGGUCCUUGUGAAUAUAGUUUUUUAAAAUAACUCAAAAAACAGUUUCUUAUCUCGUUAGGUUUAGAUAUAUUCUUUCCAUCCACUUCUAGGCUUGUAACUGUGUUUAGUUUCUGUCUAGAACUUUCUAUAACUUGAGUGAGAACUCCUUUAGCUACGAAUUUUUACACAAUUCUACCGUGAUGCAGUUAUUUCUUGCAUCGUGGUAGAAUUGUUUAAAAGUUCAUUUGUAAUUUGUCAUUCAAGCUACAAUUUGGUUAACCACUGUAAUAUUUGCAUUAUUAUAUUUCACUGUAGUUGCCAUAGGAUGUGUUUAUAAAACGGUAAUUAUAGUAAUGAUUUCCCCUUGCUUUUUUGGUUGUUUUUGGCUUGGUCUUUUGGCACUUUAGACUUCAUUUCCUACCUGGAAAUGAAUACAGUUCUAUUUACACUUGAGUAAACAAACAAAUAAUUGCUAUAUCAGUCACUCAUAGGAUCAGGAACUGAGCAUUAUAUUUGGCAGCUGGGGAAGGGAGGAUGAUUUUCUCUUUCAAGUUUAGUUUUACAUGGAACUUGUUUCUUUCAAGGGAAUGCAACAUCAGAUUGCGCAAGUGGCUGUACAGAUAGAAGCUGCAAGAUUGUUAACCUACAAUGCAGCUCGACUUGCAGAAAGCGGAAGACCAUUCAUAAAAGAGUCAAGCAUGGCCAAGUAUUAUGCAGCAGAGGUAAGCUGUAUUUGAGGUUCUUUUUUGCCUUUUCUUUUUAAAUGAAACAUAACUGAACUGUGGCUUUAUAUUAUUACAGGUAGCUUAUCAUGAGACAUCCUGAAGAAAUUUGCAAUAAAAGCAUAUAUGGAACAAUUCCUUAUCAAUACAAUUAAAACAUUUGCCUAUAUAAAACAACCAUAUACACAAUUUAGAACAAUAUAUAUAUAUAUAUAGCUUGAUUGUAAUGCAACCUCAAAGUGGCUUACUGAAAGAAUGAAACAAGAAAAUCACCCAUUAAAAACAGCAUUUUAAACAUUUUAAAAAUGAUUAAAAUCAGCAAUAAGUCAAAUACCGGAUCAAAACAUUCUACAUGUCUGAAUAGGCUUGACAAACAGAGUACAGUGAAGGCACCAACCUGAUAUCAGUAUUCUCACGGUGAGGAUAGUACAGUAUUGAUUUGAAUUGAGCAGAAGUCACAGCAUGCUUCAUGUGUUUUUUGCAGGUUGCUACUCUAACAACAAGUAAAUGUAUUGAAUGGAUGGGCGGAGUUGGCUUCACAAAAGAUUAUCCUAUUGAGAAAUAUUACAGGGAUUGCAAGAUCGGUAAGUAGCAGUUUCUUAGAGAUCAUCUGCUGAAAAUGAAAACGUAGCAUUUUUAUCCAGUUUAAGUUUGAAUGAUCAGAAAGUUAUCAACAAAGCGCAUUUGCCAUUCUCCAUCUCCUGAUAUGGAUAUUGAGCGGCAAAUCUAUAAGAAUCUGGAAGUCUGAUUGUUUGUCAAGUUUUGAUCUACAAUCUUAGCCACACCAGGUUCCUAACCCUCUUCACUCUCCCAGCUACCUACAGGCAAACUGAUUAGAUACCUUAGUUUGUUCGUUACCCAGAAUGUAGAUCUGAUAGUCUCUUCGCAUACAGCUGCAUAGGCAAAUCCAUGCUACCUGCCCCACCAUGCGGCUAUAUUAUUCGCUUCCAAUCCUUAGCUGCUCAGAAUUGCAUGAGUGAAAAGCAGGCCCCAUGCCUCUGGAUGUGGAAGAUAUAGGGACUAAUUUCUGUUAGGAAAUGCAUUGUUCUUUCUUCAGCAAAAUUAUGACCAGCCCUAUCUAUGUUAGACUGUACAAAUCUGUGUGGAUAUCACAGUCUCAUCAGUCACUGAUCUGCAGCCUGCCAUACUGGACUGUCUCCACUAAAAUAUGUACAAGAGGAUAUGAAAGCAAUACCUACUUUACACAUACAAGUUAUAGGGUGGAAUUGAACAUUCGUGAGUAGACUUCUGCUUGCACAACAGGGCUUCUUAUUCCUCCCUCCUGCAGCCUCCACAUGCCUCCCAAAUCUGAAUUGGAGGGACCCCCAGUCCCUCAGAGCAAUUGUGUGGGUGGCUGCAGAAAAAGGGGAGAGGAAGCAAAAGUCCUGUUCUGCAAAUGGAAGCACACGGUCACCUCUGGAGUCAAUCCAUAACUUUUGUGAGCUUGCCCUUGCAUCUUCCUUUGUAAUAAAACCACACCACAUUCAAAGUUUCUACUAAAUUGUUUAACAUACUGCACUGAUCACAACAAAAAAUACUCCAGCGGUAGAACUUGAGGCUGUAUUAUCAGACCUUUUUCACUCUGCAUCUAUUAUAUAGCUUUGCCUCAUAUCUAAUGUUUACCAUAACAUGCUUAAAUCACUGUUUAUAUUAUUGCUUCAUUUAUUCCCCCACCCUGAUGGUUUGUUUCAGGUACCAUAUAUGAAGGAACUUCAAAUAUCCAGCUGAACACAAUCGCAAAAUGCAUUGCUCAAGAAUACUGAAAAUCAAGAGAUUUAAUUACCGCUGCAGUACUGGUGUGAAUCACAGGCUACUUCUUCAUGUCCAAUUUCUAAGACAAAAUAAGAAAAAUUGUGGUAAUUUUAAAUAUGUACAAGACUGCAGCAUAAGUGACUAGACUGUUACACUUCAGUAAUGUACCGUAAUAACUAAUUUUCCCAACUAUAAUGAUACAGGGCGUUAAAAUCAACCUUCUUUUGUAUCUACACGUUGGGGUUUGUGGAACUGAUAACUUCAGUUGAUUCUGGGCUAUCAAGGCUUCUCUGCUUUACCAUGUGGGCUCUUUGAACUUUUGCACCUGCUUAUCAAGAUCCAGCACACAAAUAUAUAAACUGUGGAAAAGAACUAAUUAUCCAAGAAAUCUCUGAAAUUCUAUUCACACAAGUGUGAUGGCCCUGAUCACAUGGGAGCUGUAAUGAAGUUACGCUAAAAGAAUACCCUACAACCCAUACAUGUCGGUGAACUACACAAGUAUCAGUGGUCGGUGCUUGAAAACAUGGCCUAAAUAGGAUAAUAAUGGACAAAAUAAUACACCUCUUUGAUUGAUGGAGAUGAAGAUGGAGAUGAAGGAACUAACUGAUACAGGGCCUUUCCUAUAGGAUGGUUAAAAGUUAGUACUUCAUGCUUUAUCCUGAGCAUCCUGUAAAAAUGCAUGCAGGUCUCAGAGCCAGCAAUAAGUAAGACAUUUGCUUUUGAAUAGUCCUGUUAAUUUUGGCUAUUGCAAUGCAUACUCCUGGGAGUAUGUUCAUUUCCAUGGCACUACUCUGUCAUUAAUACCAUGAAGAAUAUGGGCAGGAAGAAUACUUAAAGGUAUUUUACAUAGAACUGCUUCACUGGAACAUAAAAAGGUAAGAUAAGAUUCUGGUGUCUGUGGCACUACAGUAUCAUGAAAAAUUGUGCAGGGAUGCAAGUGAGAAAGGGGUGCUGGUUCCACUGAAGUCAAUGGGGUUUUUAUCAGCUUCCUUUAAACCCCUUUGUCUUUGCUGGCUUUUAGACUGCAAUUUUUAAUUUUUGUGCCAAAGUCAAAUACAUGUAAAGUGUGAUCGCCUUGUUUCCACACCUCAUUGGGUGAAACUGUUGCAGACAAGAGUACCCAAAUAAGGUGAUCUUGCAUUCUUUUUAUUUGUGCCGAAUACAGUGGUACCUCGGUUUAAGAACAGUCCGGUUUAAGAAUGAUUUGGUUUACAAACUCCACAGAUCCAGAAUGUCCCGGUUUGAGAACUUUACCUCGGUCUAAGAAUGGAAUCCGAAUGGUGGAAGGGCACUGGCGGCGGGAGGCCUCAUUAGGGAAAGCGUGUUUCAGCUUAAGAACGGUUUCGGUUUAAGAACGGACUUCCAAAACGGAUUAAGUUUGUAAACCGAGGUACCACUGCACACACACACACGUUUCUUUCCAUUCUAUUAGUGGAAGAAAAUGCCCAUUUGAAAAGCACCCUCAUAAUAAAUAUUGCUGUUACUAAUAUUAGUUCAUCCAUCAGAUUGGGUCGGGGGCAAGCAUUUGGUUGUGUAUGUGGGGAAGAAACAUUGCUGAGUCCAAGCGGCAGAGCGCAGCCUGAGCUGCAAAAAUGCUGAGGCUAAAUUGUAGAUCAUGCAUGGGGACGUUAAAGCGAAUGCAUUUCCUUGUAUGCUCAGAUCUUGUGAUAGCUGCUGGGUUUAAUCGGAAGUAGUCCUGGAGCAGAAUAAACAGUGUUCUGAAGUGAGCGAAUGACUGGGGGAGGAAAUGCACACAUUUUGGAAGAAGCACAACACAUUAAAAGGCACCCCCCCCCAAAAAAAAAGAAGAAACCAGAAAUCCAGCAGGCACAUGUUGAAUUUCUUGUUGUUUCUGCCAUCUUAGAAGAGGCAUAUCCUCUGUGUGACAGAAGAUGUGAUCUCUCUUCGAUGAUUCAUAUAUUUCCCACCUUUCUUUUCUUAUGGGACCCAAGGUGGAGUCCAUGUGGUUUCCAGGCCAUCAGCCAAGCCCAGACCUACUUGGCUUCAACAUGGUGGUGGCCUCAUGUGCCUUCACUCCGCAGCCUGGGAGUGCCUGUAUUCUUUUUUAAAUGAAUGCUUGUAUUAAAAAAAUAAUUGCAAAGAUUUGCAAGUUUAAUAGAGCCAUCUUUUAAAUUUAUUACAAUGUUUCAGAUGGAGUAUUCUGAUUGACAAAACAUUGCAGCCCCAGUAAUAAGUGGUAGCAUUACUCUUUAAGCUGGCAGUAAUUGGCUAUAACAUUUCUAUGACAAGGUCCCCACUGUGCCUUCAAUCAAUCUAGCUGUAUUAAAAAAUAUGGAAAGCUUGUCUUUGUUACAUUUGAGCUACCUUUGUGGGUUAAGAAUAAGUAUAGCCACAUAGUCCAGUUAUACAAUGUACAAAGCUGCUCAUGAAAACUGUCCAGCUACUUGAUUCAAUAUACUUUGCUAUAUACCUGUUACAGGACCUGCAUUCGCCUCUCUCUUUUCUUGAGGGGCUCUGGGUCUUUUAACAUCUGCAUGUCAGUUAGAGAUUCAGCAGGCACAACUUUCCUCAUAACAACUCAUGCCUGGGAAAGCUUUCUUUAAAUUCUAGCUAGGAGGCAGCUUUUAAAAAGCAGAAAUCCACUUUCAGCAGGGGGGGAAUGUUACAACCCUAACUUUGAAAUGGCUUUUGCAUUAAGCAUCUAGCAUACAAGUUUUUAUCACUUUGAACUGUAUGUUUAUUAUAUCUGCUUUGGGCUGUAUGCAGCUGAUCGGAAUCCGAUUCCUUCUAAGCCAAACAUUAAGGAAAAUCCUUGGUGAGUAUUUCAAGUUAAAGGUACAGUUUGUAUAAAGAACAUCCAAGGUGAAGUAUUUUUGUACGGCACGCUUACUGCGUGCAUUGUUACAAAUAUUUUUGUAUGUCUUCUACCAUGAUUGUACACCCCACAAAGUGGCUAUAAAAGUGAUUAAAUGCAAAUGCAUCUACUAAGUGAAAGUGGAAUAAAACUGUAAAAUAAGAUUGUGGUUGAUGAAUGCC